AUAAAGUAACACUCUAUAGCUAAAACCGAAACAAGAAUGAAGGCUAUUUGGUUCAAUUUGUUAUUCUUGAUUAUUACCUUUAAAAAUAAUAAUGCAAAACUACCAUCUAUGCAUCCAGUAUUGGUGGCUCGAUCAUCUUUAGAUUGGAUGCCAAGUAGAGUGAAUUCUCUAUAUUCCGAUGUUGGGGCGUGGAGUGGAAAAUUUAGGCCAGUUAUGGACGAAAUUGAAUCAGAUGAAGCCUUGAGAUUCUAUCAAUUUCUUAAUUAUUUAGAUGGAGGAAGUUUUGGUACAGGUCCAAUCGAUGAAUUUGUGGAAGCCAUGUACAGAUUAGCAAAUUAUAUGAAGCAGCAAAAUAGUAGAGAAACUCAAGCAAGAGGUAUGCGGGAACUAGAAGCCAUAAAUGGAGAAAAAGGAAACAGCAUCAAAACUGUUCUAGAAGUAAGCACAUUGAUUAUGAGAAAAAAACGCAAAUUUUUCUGCACCGGCGAAGUUAAGGAACCAAUUGUAAAUAAUAAAAUUAUAUGCAAGGAUAGAAUAUUACUGCCGAUUGCUGGUACCUCUUGUAGAGAUGCGAUAAUGUACUGGCAUCCCGAUCUAACUGAAGAACAUUAUUGCGUCGGGGCCCUUGAAUCAAAGAGUGCAGUACAUAUUAUGGAUAUUGAAGGUGAAAUGUUUUGUAAGGGGGAUGAUUAUUCAAAACGUGAAUAUCUUUUGGCAUGUGACUUUUACGAAGACCAAGAAGCACCCGUAGCUGACUUAUUACAAUAUUACCCCGAUCCUGAUCCUGAAAUAUCGCCUAAGUUAUUUUAGAAAAUAUUUACAAAAAGUAAAAUUAUCGUAGAAUUAAAUAAUUAAAAAAUA